UUUAUGAGUAGGUGUGGUGCCCACGUGCUCUCAUCAUGUCUACCUCUUCUACUUUCCUUCCAUCUUUUUUAGAACUAAAAGAAACUGAAGAAUACGGCAGAGGAGUGUAUAGUGUGAAAGAACUGUCUCCAGGUACUGACGUCAUCGUGGGAGAUCCCCUAGCUCACGUGAUCAGUUCCCACGAAAGGGAAAUGUACUGUCACCAUUGCCUAAAGAAGGAAAGAUCUCUUAAGAAAUGUGGUCAAUGCAAGUUUGUAUGGUACUGCAGUCGAGCCUGCCAGAGGGAGGACUGGUUGUAUCAUAAAGUUGAGUGUGCAGGAAUAUCACGUAUCAGUCCCAGUAUACCUACCGAUACAGUGAGACUCAUUGUAAGACUAUUAGUUAGAAGAAGCAAUGGAACAAGCACCGUAACUAGUUUACCUAAAGGAGCUCAGUGGGACAUGGAUAUUCUAACUACACAUGCUCCAAGAUAUAAUGAAGAAUUGAAGCAGUCGAUUGGUGAGCAGGUGUUUGGUGCUAAACUCUUAAUGUCGGACAGUAAGGAGUAUAAUCCUGAAGUGGCCUUUUCGAUAGCUUGUAAGAUGAUCAGUAAUUCAUUUAGCAUCCUGGACUGGGAGAUGAACAGCAUUGGAAGUGGAGUCUACAUACUUCCAGCAUUACUGAAUCAUUCCUGUGAUCCUAAUGUUAUUGCUCUUUUUGAAGGACCCAAAAUGAGACUAAGAACCACCAAAAAAAUAUUCGAAAAUGAACAAUUAUUUGUGAGUUAUACUGAUCUGCUGGAGACCAGAGAGAGGAGGCAGAGACACUUGCAAAAGUAUUAUCUUUUCUCGUGUAAUUGUCCUCGUUGCAGCUCCGAAUUCUCUGGCAGUUUGGAUGAGAAGUUAAUAAAGACAGCUGCUGACUUAAAAGAAAGUGAUAGAAAGACUCUGUAUAAAGAUGGCUUUUCUAAACUUGACGAGGCAGAAAAUGUGAAAAAGAAAGGAGACUGGGCUGCUUUGGAGUCCCUAGCAAGUGAAUAUUUAACCAAACACAGCAGUCGACUUGGUGAUACUAAUAUACUCAUAGUAAAAAUGAGAGAGUGUUUAAUGGACUCCUACAUUGAACAGCAGAAGUGGAGGGAAGCAUUGCAAGUUGCUGUUACAUUAAAA